AUGAAGGCUGCCAGCCAAAGGGCGAAAGCCUGCUCCGACGCUGCUCUCCCCCGGCUCCAGCAGCGGUUCCGUCGGCUUGGGUACAGCGAAGCGGACCUGACGUCCGCUUUACACUACGUAACACAAGAGGCGCCCCUGCUGAUCCACUUUAAGCCUCAGAUGGGCUUUGGGUUCUUUUCCACUAAGACGGUGCUCAAGGCCUUCCUUGAAGACACCCAUUACCGCAGCACGCGCGAGACGGGGAUCGGCGGGGGGGCCCGAGGGGUCUGGCGGGAGAAGAGGGAAAGGAUCCUGUUCGCGGGUCUGUACCUUCAAGACUCGUCGCCGUUUGAGCAUUUCAAGUACGGCUCGCUCAACGUGUUCAAGGAACCGGGGGGGAGCGCCCCCCGCUUCGGUCCGUGUUACAUCGAGCUCAAAUCUGACGUCAUGGAGCGAUGCACCUUCGUCUACCGGCCGUCGUUCGACGACCUGCACCAAGUCCCUGGCACCCGCGAGAACUUCGCCCAUACGUUGGCGGAAUUCGACGAUAAGGAGAUAGCGUGCCUCGUGGAGAGGCGUCCGUUUAAGUUGUUGAAUCCUACAGUGGGCGGAGAUGUUCUGGUAGAAGUCCAGAUACACGGUCCGCUGGAGUUCAAGCGCGACAUCAAGGAGCUGCGCUUCCCCCGUUCGACAAAGCGGAAGGUUCAGAAGCGGUUACAGAGAAGCAUUUGCGCGAACUUCAAGUCGGACAUGCUCAAUUCAGUUAAUUCCAAAACCGUGCCCGCACUGGGUUAA